AUGCGAAUAGCUAGAUUUAUAUCCAGGUCCUUCGCAGAAAAGCGAAGCUAUUCGCGAGUCCCUGCAAAAGCUCCAGAAAUGCCAAAAUACCUAACUGAAACAUAUUGGUGGGCCUAUGUCCACCCCAACGCUGUCUGGUUUUUUGAAAGGCAAUGAUUAGUCAACUUGAUCCUCUGGGGAAACUUCAACCGCUUAAGAGACUAUGCUUUAAACGAAAUCACAUUCCCUAGCAAAACUUUACAAGUAGCAUGCGUUUAUGGGAAUUUUACCCAGAAAUUGACCAAACUUUCAAAUUCAAAUUCCGAAGUCCAUGUAGUAGAUGUCGCUGAAAUCCAGCUUGAAAAUUUGAAAGAAAAAUGCAAAAAUGCCACAAAUCUGCACCUUCAUCAUCAGGACUCAACAAAUCUUGCAUUUGAGGACAAUGUAUUUGAUAAUACAGUGCUUUAUUUCUUGCUUCAUGAGCAGCCCGAAGAAGCAAGGAAAUUGACGAUAUCUGAAGCAGUGAGGGUUACAAAACCUGGAGGAAAAGUCGUAUUUGUGGACUAUCAUGGGCCUUCAAAGCUUAAUCCUUUUCGAUAUAUAAUGAUUCCGAUCCUAACUCUCUCUCCCGUGAGCUAACCAAACAAUUUUGUUCGCUCAUAGAGGGGGUUAAAUAUUUUUUUUAAAAAUUUAUAUAUAAAUUUUUACAGUAAAUUUGUUUUUUGAAAUUUAAAAAAAUUGGUAAAAAUUGGAAAGCAAAUAUUUAUUUAAUUUGUAAAAUUUAUGUUUUAAAACGCAAGCUGUUUAAAUUAAAGAGAACUAGCUAGUGAUUUCUUUAUAUAGUAAUUAUCACUAUAAUAUCAAAAUUUUAUAUAUUAAAAAUUUUUUGUUCGAUCAUGGAGGAUAAGCUUUUGGGAUUUUUCCGCUCACAGAGGGAUAGGGAGUAAGAACUCUAGAACCAUUUGCACUGGAUUUGUGGAAGAAAGAAAUAAAAGAUUGGCUUCCUCAGGUGACAGAAGUUAAGAAAGAUACAUAUUUUGGAGGCUUAUACCAAAAAAUAGUAGUUAAAAAGUAA